GUUUGUUAGAAAUGAGUGUAUUUAUUGUAAAUACAUUUAAAAAAUAUUUAUAUGUUUAAGUCUGGUUUUUUUUUCUGAAAAAUAUAAUUCGAUUAUAACAAUUAAAUAUUUAUAAAUGGAGUUGAUAGUUUUGUUAACGUAUUUUUUUGUUUACAUUUCAAGCACAAAUUCAUUAUUGGAAGACACGAACCAGAAUAUCUACAAUAGUAUCAGGAUAGAUUUUCCUUUCGACCCUUGUGAUACAAGUGAAAUACCUCUACCAGAUUAUAAUGCGCCGGACCGUCGAGUAAGCGAAGUCAAAUGCUUCGAACAUAUUUGGCAAUUGAGGUAUUAUCAAGGGAUUAUGAGCAGAAGUAUACUUUGUGACAAUUUAAAAGGUUGGUUUCAUAUAUUAGGGGGUCGUGAAGCUGAGUACGGGGAAUAUCCUCACAUGAGUGCCAUCGGCUGGAAAGGAAUACAUGGCACUUGGAUUUUCAAGUGCGGAGGCUCGCUGAUCAGUGAUCGAUUUGUCUUGACAGCAGCUCAUUGCUCACAGGUUCCAAAGUCUGAUAAUACUGUCGCUGAUCAUAAACCCAAAAUAGUAAGACUGGGCAGCAAAAAUAUACUGGAUUUUGACCCAAGAGAUCACAACGAGCCAGCAUACGAUGUUGCCAUUAAAAAUUUUAUAAUUCAUAACCGCUACAAGCCCCCGCGACAAUACUAUGAUAUCGCCCUCGUAGAACUGGACGGAAAGGUUCCAUUCCUCUGGCGUAUUCAUCCCUCUUGCCUCUGGACUAAAUUUGAGAAUCCUGGAACAGCAGCGCUCACAGGCUGGGGUGUAAUAGAUAUCUCCACUCGUAACUCUAGUCCAGUACUGCAAAAAGCGGAUAUACAAAUAUUAGAUUACGAAGAGUGUGACAAAAAGUUAGAGGAUAGAAAAAACAGGAAAUGGGGUGGAUUCAUGCGUCACCAGUUAUGCGCCGGGAAUAAGACCGGUGGCGUCGAUACUUGUCAGGGCGAUUCUGGUGGCCCCCUGCAGUUUUUGAUACCAUUGAAACAACCUAAUCCUGUAUUGAGAUGGAAUUUACAUCACAUCAUUGGCGUGACCUCUUUUGGUUUCGGAUGCGCACGGAGGGACACUCCCAGCGUGUACACCAGAGUCGCGAGUUUCGUCGGUUGGAUAGAACGCACUGUCUGGCCAGACAGUUUCAAGCAACAUAAUUCAACCAAUGACAAUCGAAUUUAUUUUGGAACCUAAUCGUUUAUUUACUUAUCAAACAAAACUAUCAUUUAUUUAUAUUAAA